AUGAGUUACAGCACCAUCAACUUACAGCCCACCUUCAAGCCAAUUGACAAUCUCUUCCUCGACAGACUCAGACAUUUCGAUGAUGGAGGUGGACAGUAUAGAUCCCAGAAUUUGCCAAAGUUUUACGACUAUGAUAGGGUGGAUUCCGAGACAGACCACUUCGACUUGAAGGUUUGGCGUGUGCCAGACGACAAGAAUGGCAAAACUGCAAGACCUCUCUUCAAAGACAUCGAUUUUGACAAGAUUGACUGGGAAGAUGCCCAUAAGGGUAACAUGUAUGGACCUUCGUGGAAGACUUUUUGGUUCAAGAUAGACUGGCGGAUUCCUGAGGACUGGCUCCUGAAGAAAAACGACAUCUACUUUGAAUUCAAUUGUGACUGCGAGGGUCUCAUCUACCUGAGAAAAGGCGUUCCGUUGCAAGCCUUCUCCGGUGGCGGAAGAGCCAUUUUUAAUCUUACGGAUGACUUGAAGAUCGCAGGGAACCAACGUUUCUACUUGGAAAUUGCUUGCAAUGGUAUGUUUGGAAACGGUGACCAAGGUGUCCCUGACGAAAACAGAUACUUCCGUUUGAAUUCUUGUGACUUGGUUUUACCAGAUGUAGAAGCAAGAAGAUUGCACUUGGAUUACUGGGAAAUCACCGACUUGGCAAGAGAACUGGAUCAUGGUGCAACUAAGUUUCAGGCUGCCCUGAUUGCGACUCAAAUCAUGGAAGCUUUUGAUCCAAAUGACAGAAAGUCUGUACUCAAGUGUAGAAAGCUUGCUCAACAAAUUUUAGGUCCCGACAUUGACUCAGAUGAAGUUUACCAUCAGAAUCCCUUAAACAGAAUUGAUGUUUAUGGUGUGGGAAACUGUCAUAUUGACACCGCUUGGCUUUGGCCAUUUGCUGAAACAAGACGGAAAAUUGUUCGGUCUUGGACUACUCAGUUGAAAUUAGCAGAGGAAUAUCCAGAGUACAUCUUCGUUGCUUCUCAAAUGCAACAGUUCAAAUGGCUUAAGCAGGAUCACCCAGAUGUUUUGAAACGAAUCAAAGAGAAGUUUACUACGAAUCAAUUUUUGCCAAUAGGUGGCUCUUGGGUUGAAAAUGAUACGAAUAUGCCCGGCGGAGAAUCAUUGAUCCGUCAAUUUUUGUUGGGUCAAAAAUGGCUCAUUGACGAAUUUGGCGCUCCAUCAACGGUGUUUUGGCUUCCAGACACUUUUGGAUACUCUUCUCAAAUUCCUCAAAUUUGUCAGCAAUCUGGUAUUGCAAAGUUCUUGACGCAGAAGCUCUCGUGGAACAACAUUAACUCAUUUCCCCUUUCAACCUUCAAUUGGAAGGCUCUCGACGGAUCUCAAGUUUUAGUGCACAUGCCUCCCGCAAACACUUAUACCGCGGAGGCAAAUUUUGGAGACGUAGUUAGAUCUCUGGUACAGCAUAAAAAUUUGCGGGAUGUGCCAACUGGACUCUUAUUGUUUGGUGAGGGCGAUGGCGGAGGAGGUCCAAAGGAAGAAAUGUUGGAGAAAUUGAGACGUUGUAGAGGUAUUGCAAAUACCACAGGAGCUAUUCCAUCGCUUCAUUUGGGUAAAACCGUGGAAGAUUUUUAUGAGAAUGUUUUGGAAAGAUCUAAUCAUGGCGCAAACCUCCCUACUUGGACGGGAGAGAUCUAUUUGGAAUUUCACAGAGGAACAUAUACUACACAAGCUAAUGUCAAAAAAUGGAUGAGAUUCUCCGAGAUUAAAAUGCAUGACUUGGAGCUACUUGCCACGUUUCUUUCUGUGACAUCUGACUACAAGUAUCCUUCCAAGGAAAUUCACGACUUAUGGGAAGACAUUGCAUUAUGCCAAUUCCAUGAUGUUUUACCUGGUUCUUGUAUUGGAAUGGUUUACUAUGAAGAAGUCUUUCCAAUGCUUCAAAAAGUUAUGAAGACAUUGGAUUCUUUGACAGAGAAAGCGUUGAAACAUAUGAAUCAAUCGAAAGAUACUGAAAUUUGUGCUUUGAACACCUUGCCAUGGCAAAGAGUUGACUUGAUUGAAUUGAAAGAGAAUGAACUCCCCGCAACUACUUUGAAUGACGAAAUUGCUGUUGUUACCGAGAAUGAUAUUAAGAAAUUCGCUUACUGCACAAAACUGGAGAGAGUUCUUUCGAAAAAUGAUCUCAAGUUCCCUGCUUCAAUUAAGAAAUUGCAUAACGAUGUCUACUUGUUGUCGAACAAUCUUUUGGAGGCUAAAAUCACCAAGAACGGUGUUUUGAAAUCACUCUAUGACGUAAAGAAUGACCGUGAGAUCAUUGAUACAACUAAGACAAAACAGUCACUUGGUUUCGGUAACCAAUUUGUUCUUUUUGAUGACGAACCAUUGACUUAUCCGGCCUGGGAUACAGAAAUCUACAAUUUGAACACUUUCAGAUUCCUCGAAGAAGGUGAGGUAGUUUCUGUGGUUAGCAAUGCUUUGGAGUCGAAGAUAGUGGUCACACACACAAUUUCCGAAAGUUCAAGCAUAGAGACAACUAUUUCUCUCAAGGGUGCUACUGGAGAAGGAGACACGGAUGAGGACAAUUACUUGAAAUUUUCAUGUAAUGUCAAGUGGCAUGAAUUCUACAAGUUUUUGAAGGUUCAAUUCCCUGUCACAAUCUACACACCUCAAUUUGCGCUGUAUGAAACUCAAUUCGGAGUUACUCAAAGACCUACACACUGGAAUACAACUUGGGAUAUUGCUAAGUUUGAGGUAUGCCACCACAAAUUUAUGGAUCUUUCUGAGCAUAAUUAUGGUGUUUCGAUUUUGAACAGCUCGAAGUAUGGUGCUGCUAUACAUGGUAAUUUGAUGAGAUUGUCACUUCUUCGUUCUGCUAAAGCACCUGAUGACAAGGCUGAUAUGGGUGAACAUCACUUCGAGUAUGCAAUUUAUCCUCAUAAAGGGCCAUUAAACGCAGGUGUUGUGAAGACAGCGCACAACUUCAAUUAUAAGCUUUUGCCUCAUCUUGGAGAUUCCAAAAAGCAGAAGUCGCUUCUCGAUACCCUUACACUUACAGGUGACGAAAGCCUUGUUUUGUCUAGCAUCAAAAGAGCAGAACAUGACUCAGACGUCAAUAUUUACGAGAACAUUGAGUCCAAUAGCAAGGAUACCAAGGCUAUUGUCGCCCGUGUUUACGAGUCUCUUGGAGGUUCUUCGAAAGGAAAACUUCACUUCAAGGGCAUUAAGGUAUUGAAGGUUCUCAAAACAAAUGCAAUGGAAGAUGAUGGGGAAGAAUUGGAUGUGGUCGAUAAUUCAGUGGCCAUAAAAUUGCGUGGCUUUGAAAUUGCCACCUACAAGAUCAUUAUUCGAGCUUAG